AUGUCAAACAGUGAUGAGAUCUUGAAAAAAUCUACCAAAGGUGCAACAUUCUUGAUGUUAGCACAAUUGUUCACAAAGAUCAUCACUUUUUUAUUGAAUAGUGUCCUAGUACGAUUCUUAUCCCCUAGAAUCUUUGGUAUAACUGCUUUUUUAGAGUUCAUACUAGGAACCGUAUUGUUCUUCAGUAGAGAAGCCAUUAGAUUAUCAACUCUUAGAAUUAAAGACAAUGAUUUAGAUGAGGAUAAUACAAACGAAAAGGAGGAUGAUCAUACAAGUAAUCAUAUUAAGAGACAAACUUUACAAACAAUGGUAAAUUUUUCUCAUAUACCAUUAUGGAUUGGAAUUCCAUUGUCGUUAGUAUUGACUACGUGGCAAUACACCAACAUUAAUGCAUAUUUUAUAACUUUGCCUUUCUUUCAAUGGUCUAUCUUAAUCAUUUGGGUUAGCAUGUUAGUUGAAUUAUUGAGUGAACCAUUCUAUAUCGUAAAUCAAUUCUUAUUGAAUUACAAUGUUAGAUCAAGAUUCGAGUCUAUUGCCGUAACAAUGGGCUGUUUAGUUAAUUUUUCAGUGAUUUAUUUAUUUCAAACUCAUAUGGUUACCAUUGGUAAUUUAGACAUUACAGAUAUGAAUAAAGAAGGUAUUGCCAUUCUAGCGUUUGCACUUGCAAAAUUGACCCAUGCUAUUACUUUACUACUAUGUUAUUAUUGGGAUUAUUUAAGAAAUUUUAAACCUAAAAAAUUAUUCCAUAUUAGAUUGACAAAAAUUACUAUUACGACAGAUUCAACGACUUAUAAGAAACAAUAUUACUUUCAAAAUGAUAUUUUAGAACAUUUCAAAAAAGUAUAUUUCCAAUUAUGUUUUAAGCAUUUAUUAACUGAAGGUGAUAAAUUGAUCAUCAACUCAAUGUGUACUGUAGAAGAACAAGGUAUUUAUUCAUUACUAUCAAAUUAUGGUUCUCUAGUUACACGCUUAUUAUUCGCUCCAAUUGAAGAAUCAUUAAGGUUAUUUUUAGCUAGAUUACUCACUACACAAAAUUCUAGAAAUUUAAAACUAUCUAUGGAUGUCUUAGUCAAUUUAACUAAAUUUUACUUAUAUUUGUCAUUAUUAAUUAUUAUAUUUGGACCUGUGAAUUCAUCAUUCUUGCUUCAAUUUUUAAUUGGUUCCAAAUGGUCCACUACCGCAGUCCUGGAUACAAUAAGAGUAUAUUGUUUCUAUUUACCUUUCUUAUCAAUGAAUGGUAUCUUCGAGGCAUUCUUCCAAAGUGUAGCUACAGGUGAUCAAAUAUUGAAACAUUCAUAUUUUAUGAUGGCAUUUUCAGGUAUUUUUUUAGUUAACUGUUGGGUCCUAAUUGAAAAAUUAGAUUUAUCAAUUAAUGGUUUAAUCAUUUCAAAUAUUAUCAAUAUGAUACUGAGAAUAAUUUAUUGUAUUCUUUUCAUUAAAAACUUCUACAGAAAACUAUACACUACAGAAUCAUCCUUCUUCUUAAAUUUCCAUAAUUUUAGAGUUGUCUCUGUUGCAGGAAUUAGUAUAAGUAUCAUCAAUUGGGUCACUAUUGGUUAUGUCAGAAACUUCAAACAAUUAUUCAUUAAUGCAACUUUUGCCUUAUUACUAUUGUUAUUGAUUCUGGUUAAGGAAAGGACAUACAUAAAAGGAAUAAUGGGCAAAAAUAAACUUACAGAGUCAAAAGAGAUUUAG